GUGCAGAAGAAAACUUGACGAAAACAACACGAAUUUCAACAAACUUCGAACACUCGGUAAAUGUGCUUUUCGGAACAACAUCUCGAUUAAACGAAUGCGCGGGAAUUCGAUGAAUUCUCGUGUUAAAUGAAACGUUUUAAGAGUGUCUCGUUGCCUUAUUCAAUGUCACGAAAUUAGGAGGAAGAUUUUCAAUUCCAAAGGAAAAUGUGAACUUCAUAAUUACUCGUUUUUAGCUGUUACUUUUGACCGCUUGCAUAAUGGAGCUUCAAGAAGAUACCGAAACACAAUUUGAUGUAAAUAUAUAUUUUGUCAUUCGAGGUGAAUAUGAGAACGAAACUGAGUGUUCUGAGGACAUGUGGGAAGCAUUUAAUAAGUGUAAUGAAUUUGAUUUAUCUCCUAAAUGGAUAACAGAGAAAAAGUGUAACAAAAUACCGCUUCAAAAGAAAGAUGUAGUCGUUUUUGAGGAGUUCGCAGGAAUUCUUUUUAAGAAGUUGCAGAAUUUGAAGUGUUCCAGGAUUGUGGGGCCACGAUGUUUAUUGAAUUGUUUUGCUUCGAAUGAACCUAUUCCAGAAGGUACAAAUCCAGUAUUUGUCAAUGCUAUGCGAGGACUUAUAAUAUGUGCAUCCGGAUUCUCUGUAGAUAUUAAGAAUAGGAUCCAAGAAAGAGUGGAAUACAUGGGUGGGAUCUUUACCCGACAAUUUCGAUGUAGCGUAACGCACUUAGUAACGGAUUCUGUUAUGUCUGCAAAAUACGAGAAGGCUGUAGAAUAUCAACUACCGAUCUUCACAGUGGAAUGGGUGCAUGCAGUGUGGGAAGCAAACAUGAAAGAAUUUGUUAGCGCAAACAAUAGUGUAUUUGAUAAGUAUAAAUGUCCGGUCUUCAAGAACCUGAUUGUUACUUCAACUGCUCUACUAAAGAAUAAGAAAGAAGAAAUUAAACAUUUAAUUAACAGCAACGGAGGGGAAUUUAUGGGAGCCCUGGAUGGCUCAAAAGUAAGAAUUGUCUUAGCCCCAGAGAAGUGUCCACCUAGUGACAAGUUGAAAUAUGCAAUGCAAAAUAAUAUUGCUUGCUUGCAAAUGGAAUGGGUAUAUGAAAGUGUUAGCAUUGGCUAUGCAUUACCUUUCACAAAAUAUUUAAUUACAUCAACAAAGGCAUGUUCUACACCUGAAAGGACUGGAGCACAUGAAACAUUGAACUUUUCAAGUAUAAGUGCAAUAAGCAUAUCUGGAGAUUUAAAUCCAAACAGAGUAGUUGAUGAAACUAUGAUGACAACCAUGAGAAGCAUGAGUAGCCACACCGAGGUAGUUCAACAGGACCAAACUUCGUACAUACCAGUUUUGGAAAGACUGAAUCUAAAGGAAGCUAAAUUAGCUGGACCAUUUUUAGAUGGAUGCAACAUUUACCUUGCUGGAUUUACGGCAAUUGCCAGAGAAAAAUUGAAUCGCAUUCUAAACGUUGGAAGUGCCACCAGGCUUGAUGAUCUUGCUGAUGCUGUAACACACGUUCUCAUUGGAGAUAUAAAUAAGGCAUCUGCUGAAAUAAAACUCAUGCGUUCGAAAGGAUUAAGUCCAUACGUAUUGCAUCUUGAUUGGCUGGAAGAAAGUAUGAAAUUAAAACGCCCCGCUGCUGAAGAGAACUAUUUAUGUGAACCGAAAGAUGAUACCUCUAGUAAACCGAAAGAACCUGCGUCACCACUUAGUAAGAAGAAUCUACAAAUGUUACAGCGACCUAAAAAAACUAUACCUUUAAAUAUCGACAGAGAUACAAGUUCAUCGAAGCAAAUCGAACAAUUGGACUUGACUCAACAGUAUCUACAAAAGUCAGUCGCUCCCGAUAAAACGUUAAAAGAAUUCCUACAACCUCACACUUCAACCUUGGAGAAAAAUGCAAAGAGUAUUAACAUGUCAAGAACGGAUUCAGCAUCGUUGGAUAAUCAAAAAUAUAAUGAUAGUGCGAUACCCAUUAGUCAAGGAUCUAAUUUGAACAGGAUAUUCGAAGGAUUAACUUUUGUGUUGGCCGGUUUCAACAAGGAAGAGAGUAAACAAUUAGAAGAAACUAUAAUAAACUUGGCUGGACAAGUGAUUAAUAAAUCGUAUUCUGGAAUUCCUGAUUUUGGCGUAGUCCCUCUGCGCGGUGCACUAUUAAGGCACACUACUAAUGACAUAGUUACCAAUUUAUUUAUUGAUGACUGCAUCGACCAAGAUCAACUUGUCGAUAUCAUGUAUUAUCAUCGACCGGUCUGUAUAUCUGAAAAUGCCAAACCAUUGACCGGCUGUGUGAUCACCAUAAGUUCAUAUAUCGGAAAGGAACGUUUAUUCCUCACUGAAUUGGCACAACUCCUUGGUGCAGCUUAUCAAGACACGUUCGCGAGGAAAGUCAAUGUAGAACGGAACAUUAUGAGAAGCACUCACUUAGUUUGUCCGACUCCAAACGGAAACAAGUACAAUGCAGCUGUAAAGUGGAAACUUCCAGCUGUUACCGCAGACUGGUUACAAAUUUGCGCUCUAGAGCAGAAAUUAAUCGAAGAGACGCCUUUCCUUGUUGGAGAGACUAUGGCUCCAGAAAGAUCUAAGGAAGUGAUCGAAAAUACUUCAAAAUUGCAAAGCACAUUUGAAAAUAAUCAAAUGAAACCACCAGCAGUUCCACUUCCCCGGCAGGUUUUAACACCGAAACGGCUUCAGGCUAACACUCCUCAGGUAAGUCAAGAAUCAGCUCCAGGAGAGACUCCGUUGAUAAACAAAAGGCUUAAAUUGCUUUCGAAUAAGACGCCUCAAUCACCGUUUCAUGUUUCUACUCCCGAAACACCGUACGGUCAAAUUUUCAAACCCAGCCCUUCUCCAAGCACUAGAAAGGAAUUGAUAAAAUGGGCGGAUAAUUUUUCCGACUUAAGGGUGGAGGAGCCACCUCUAAAGAAGAGAGCUCCCAGUACUCCUCUCUCCGAUCUGAAACGGCAACUGUGGGAAAAAAUUAAACAGCCAUAUGACCAAGACGAUGACCAGGAAGAUAAAUCAUCGGCAAAUCGAAAUACAGCUGCAAUUGCAACAUCCAAAACAGAUGGAGAGGAAGAUUCGAAAUCUCCGGCAUCGACCAAUGAUACUCCAAUUAACCGGCGAUUAUCUUUUCCGGAAGACAGCAGUCCAGUACAGAGGAGUAAAUUAAAUUUCCACGUUGCGAAAUUGGACGAGGUACUACGAGAAACGGCCUAUUCUUCGGAAACCAGGUGCUCGAUUUCCGGAGGAAAAGACGCAGUGCCCAUCGACAACGUCGUAAAAUGUAUGGCGAAAGACUCUCAAUUUGAUACGGUUAGGUGGGAAGAUGGCGAUCAACGUCAGGUAUCCAAACCGCCACCAAUUGAUGAAGAAAACAUCGAAGGGGAAACGAUACAUGAAGAACCUGAAGUGAAGUCAAUUAAACCGAAAUUUAUGCUCUCGGGCAUUAAGGAUCGGAAACAGUAUGAAGAUGUGAUCGAAACUCUUGGGGGAGAAGUAUCCACCGAGAUGAACUUCGACUCAACUGCUUCGCACUUACUUUGCAUGAAGCCUUCAAGAAAUGAGAAAAUGCUUGGGAGCAUAGCAUCAGGAAAAUGGGUGCUUCAUUGCAUUUAUCUGCAGCACUGCGAACGAGAAGGCAAAUUCCUAGACGAGGAGAAGUACGAAUGGGGCAAUCCGAAAAGCAAAGGCGUCAUACCGGAUUUGAGUACAGAAACGGAGAAGUCGAUAGCUGCUGCUGCCCACAGGUGGAGAUUAAAAUUAAUGAAGGAACCAGAGGGUGCAUUCAAGCAAAUGGUGGCAUUACUUCUGGUUCAAAAAGAAAAGUACGAUCAAUUUAAGAGGUUAAUAUGCGCUGGAAGCGGCACAGUCGUUCAAGCCAGGCCUCCGUAUGACACGAGUCCUGGCAAAAAAAUCACUCAUUGCUUCGUUCAAUUGAGGCAAGUGGACCAACCUAUGGACUGGGCUAUGUUAGCCAGCAAAGGAAUCCUCUGUUUUGUGCCGCAAUACUUAAGUGACUAUCUAACUGCUGAACAGCCACUCAGUCCAAGGGAUUGCGUGCUUCCGGAGUUCAAGAAGUAUCUGAGUCUUCUACCAAAAUGAAUUAUAUCCGUGAGGACUUUAUAUUUAUAAUUUAAUGUCAAUAUUUUUGUAAAUAACGAUCCUAAUUAGGGUGUACGCGCGGCCUGAUGAAACGACGCUAUCGAUCAAUGUGUACUUCGUAAUCUAAGGCUAAUGACACGAAUAGAAUUAUUUUACCAAUUA